GGAAGACCAUAGGUGUGCUAUCUGUGUCGCCAUGGUAACGCAUAUCGAAUGACAUGCCGGCUUGGACUUUAACCGGGGUGGAGGGUCAGGUGACGGAAAGGAAAUUCUGUUCUUCCUGGAGAGAAGCAAACGUGGGGGGAAAAUGGCUAAGUUCUUCACUCCGGUUCAAAUCAACGAGCUGAAAGAAUGCUUCUCCUUGUAUGACAAGAAGGAAAAGGGAAGGAUUGAUGCCAAGGACCUGAUCACCGUCAUGCGCUGCCUGGGAACAAGUCCCACACUCGGGGAAAUUGAAAGACACCUUCAAGUACACAACAUUGGAGCAGCGGGCAGCUUGGACUUCUCCACGUUCCUGACCAUGAUGCACCGUCAGAUUCAGCAGGAAGACCCAAAGACGGAAAUCCUGGAGGCGCUGAGGAUGACAGACAAGCAGAAGAAAGGAUUCAUUGAGGCCUCGGAGCUGCGAGCCAAGCUCACCAUGCUGGGAGAGAAACUUAGCCACAAAGAAGUGGAUGAGCUGUUCAAAGAAGCAAACAUCAAGUCUAAUGGAAUGGUUAACUACGAAGAGUUCACCCAAAUGGUCACCCUGCCGCCGGUGGAUUACUGAUGUCAGCCAUGAAAGAUCCUGAUCUGCUUGUGUCUUCAUGUUUUUCACACCACGACUUCUGUCACUUUUAAAGGGCCACUGACAUGAUGGACCAACUUUGCUUGAAUAUGUUCUAUAUUAUUUGUAAUUACGUUCUGCCUUGUUUGUUUCUGAAAGCGAAGCGUAAAAGGGGGCGUUUCCCAAGUGACGUCAGUGCAGUGUACACAAAGCUCGUCGACUGCUUUCACUAUCGUUUCAUCAAUAAAUAACGACGUCAAAGUGAGUCACGUCUUAUUUACAUAUCUUACGGUAACCACUGUCGCCAUAGCAACAAGCAUCCAAAGCAUUUUACAUGUUAUAUAACACUUUUGACUUCAGGACAAAGAAACAACAACUUAACUACCGCUCCCGUCCCAUAAA